CUGCCUGGAGCAUUGGACAAGGUAAGCCACUUGCCAUUGCCCCACCAGCAGUAACUCGGACACCAGGCAAGAUGAGCUCAGUUCCCCGGUCUGCCCAUUGCCCUGGGAGUGCUCGGAGGAGGCUGAGCAUGUUUGCAUUUAUUGUAGAUGCUGAGUAUCUGGACAAUCACACUUCUUCUGCUGGAAGCAGCCAGUGGAAAAGAAGUUUGCUAUGAUGACCUCGGGGGCUUUUCCAAUGCAGAGCCCUGGGCUGGGACUACAGUCUGGCCCUUGAAAAUUCUCUCCUGGAGCCCUGAGAAGAUCGGCACCCGCUUCUUGCUCUAUACCAAUGAAAACCCAAACAACUUUCAAAUUCUUCUUCCCUCUGAGCCAUCAACGAUCGAGGCUUCGAAUUUUCAAACAGACAGGAAGACCCGGUUCAUCAUCCACGGUUUCAUAGACAAGGGGGACGAGAGCUUGCCGCUGGACAUGUGCAAGAACAUGUUCCAGGUGGAGCAGGUGAACUGUAUCUGUGUGGACUGGAAGAAGAGCUCCCAAACCAGCUUCACACAGGCUGCCAACAACGUGCGGGUGGUGGGUGCCCCGGUGGCCCAGACGCUCAGCAUUCUCUCGAAAAACUACAGCUACUCACCUUCCAAAGUGCACCUCAUCGGCCACAGCCUGGGGGCCCACGUGGCUGCUGGGGCAGGCAGCAGGACUCCAGGCCUGGGCAGGAUCACAGGGUUGGAUCCCACAGAAGCAAGUUUCCAGGGCACUCCCGAAGAGGUUCGACUCGAUCCCUCUGAUGCUAUCUUUGUAGAUGUGAUUCACACGGAUGCAGCUCCCCUCAUCCCAUUCUUGGGUUUGCGAACGAAUCAGCUGGUGGGCCACAUUGACUUUUUCCCCAAUGGAGGGGAGGAGAUGCCAGGAUGCCAGAAGAAUGCCCUGUCACAGAUCAUAGAUCUCGAUGACAUCUGGACAGGAACCCGGGACUUUGUGGCUUGCAAUCACUGAAGAAGCUACAGGUACUACUCAGAGAGCAUCCUCAACGCCGACGGGUUUGCUGCGUACCCCUGUGCUUCCUGCAAGGCUUUUACAUCUAACAAGUGCUUUCCCUGUCCAGAUGAAGGGUGCCCGCAGAUGGGUCACUAUGCUGACAAAUUUGCCAGCAAGGCGAGUGAUGCCCAGAAAUUCUUUCUGAACACAGGAGAUGCCAGCAAUUUUGCUCGCUGGAGAUACGGGGUUUCUGUAACACUGUCCGGAAAAGCAGUCACUGGUCAGAUUAAAGAUGCUUUGUUUGGAAAUAAGGGAAACACUCUCCAGUAUGACAUCUUCAGGGGAAUUAUCACACCAGGCUCUACCCAUUCCAAUGAGUUUGAUGCAAAGCUCAAUGUUGGAACCAUUGAGAAAGUCAAGUUUCUCUGGAAUAACAACGUGGUAAAUCCAACCUUCCCCAAAGUGGGUACAGCGAAGAUCACCAUGCAAAAGGGAGAAGAGAAGACAGUGUAUGUAUCUUUGCUGGCUUGUAUCUAAGGAUGUCUGUAGGUUCAUGUUUGUAAUGAAAACUCACCCCAGAAAAGCAGUUAUACUUAAGGCAGAAAAGCCAAGAAAAUCUCCCUUCCUUCCCAGGCAAGCAAGCUGCUGACAAAGAGCAUCAAACACUUCUGUUGGGGGCACUUGACUGGUGUCCUUAGCAUGGCUGUGGGAAUUAGGAGAUAUGACACUGCCUUCAAGGAAAAAUAUGACAGAGGUUGAUACGUUACAUAGUGUCUGAAGGUACAAGGUUAUAAGCAUACACUAGGGAGUGUCUACAGUUGGAAGAAGGGGAGAUCAGAGAAAUUUCAAGAUAAUAGAACAAAAAAGAAAUCAAUUUUAUUGAAUGAUAUUAAUUUGAGGUAAGGGAAGAGAGCUAGGUGGCAGUGCUUGUAGAUCCCAACCUGUGGGCUGCUUGCCUCACUUUGUACCACUGGGGUCCUUGAGCAGGAGGAAAGUGGCAGCUGGAGAGAAAGACGUGGAUGGAAGUAGUCACCUGAGAAGGUCAAGGCACUGUCUCCCAAAGCAGAAACACUCCCCUGCCACCCUCCUCAGACCCCAGUUCUGGCCUGCAGGACAU